AUGGCAACUCGAACGCCCGAAACUUUGCUAAAUCUCGAUCGUUUAUCUUUAAAUAACGAGUUCGUUGUUAAAACUCCUUUAACACAAAGGCGGUAUACACCAUAUACGAAGUCUAACCAGCGAACACAAGUGCUAACAAAGACUCCUUUGCCGAAUUUCCACCAAAAACGGAGGGCCAAAACUCAAGAAGCAAAACUCUCUGGUCGACAACAACGGUCACAUGAACUUAGCAACGACAAAACCGAAGAUAUUUCCACCAGAAUUGUUAACAAAACAUGGCGAGUUUAUCGUGUUUCGCCCUUGUAUUCUUUCAAAACGGAUGCAAAGUCUUUAAAAUUAUACGAAAAACGUUUGAACAGCUUUUUAGCGGUCGAAACUUGUAGGGCAGCAGAGGUACAGAGCAGAGUAAAGAAGAAAGCUCUGUUUACGAAGCUUGAAGGGCAUACUGAUGGGGAUUAUGGUGUUGAAAUUAAAAUUAUGACAAGCGAGGGAAAGGAGAAUGCCGCAAAAGAAGAACUAGUUGCUGUUUUAUGUUGCGGAGGGAAUGUAAAUGAUGAAAACUUAAAUAUUUUAAAUGGAGAUUUGACAUCAUUACCUGUAUGCUUAAUUAAAAGCUCUGUUUUACUGAAGGACUCAUUCUUGCAAUGGCUUGAGAACCAGUUUGGCUGUAGAGCUUGCCUGCUAUUAUUCUCACCGACCGACCUCGCCUGGUUGGCAUCGCUGUGUGCUGGCAUCGGCGAACCGACGACCUCUGUGGAGUUGACUUACUCUGUCCCAGCGGUCAUACCUGGACUGGACACCAUUUAUUUCAAAAUGGAUGCCAAAGAUGCAAGGCGGAUAUGGAACCUGGUUCAUGAUCCAAAGCAACCGUGUUUCACAAACGAAGAAGCGGUUAGGAUUUUGAAAUCGAUGGAAACUCAUUUUUAUCACCAUUUUAAAGUACAUUUGAAUCAAAUGCAGUUGACGACAGUUGGGACCUCGGUAGCAUACAUUGGCCAGGAAGGCCGGAUCAAGAUACUUCAGGAACCUUAUGUGUGCUACAUUUUACAACAGUUAUCCCAACUGGCAAAUUUUUAA